AUGUCGACAUACAGCUCCAGGUCGAGCCAGCGUCUUCGGCGCCAAGAGCCUCCAGUCGCCUCCUCAAGUCGCAAUCCCGCAUCCUCAAGCAGACAAAAUGCCGCCGCCGAGACAAACAGUUCGAGUUCGAGGGCAUCCCCUUCCAGCAACGCUGAAGGGGUUGGAGAGGACUAUAACGACAGCUUCAACGGAAUCAUACCGUAUCAAAAGUUGAACGUCUCAGAAAGGGCUCAAAAGGUUGCAGAGCAGAUUGGUCAAAGCGAGAUCGACAAGAGGGCAUCCGAGCUUGCAAGAUUUGCAUUAGCCUGCGAAUAUCAGCGUGGCAUCAUCCGCAAAGAAGAUGUCUCCAAGUCUGCCCUUGAAGGCCUUCAGCCCGGCGCCUUCAAUGUCAUCUUCAACGCUGCUCAGGAGAAACUGUCCAAGCUCUUUGGCAUGUCGAUGGUCCAAGUGCGAAAGAAAGGAGCCGACAACGCAGAGCUGGCCAAGCAAGCAAAGCAAGUGUUACGAGCCGCUGAAGCCUCUGCAAACGGGCUUAGGCCCCGCAACCAACAGCGCGAAACCUCUCCGCUAUCCGAAACAGGACCAUCAAGCAACCAGUGGGUCCUACGAUCCAAUCUCUAUCCUCAAGCCUUGGAGAAGCUUGGAGAGAUCGACGAGCAGCUCACCAACGCCUAUGUGGAAGCGAUGGCCCCUUGUUCAUCUGCUUCCUCCUCACAAAGACGACCCAUCACAGCGCGCCAGCCAAAGGCAGCUCUCGACUGGAAGUCGGCGGACCACCAAGAUGGAGAGAUGGGCCUCCUCUACAUCAUUUUGGCACUCAUUCUAGUCAACGGACGGGCAAUCACAGAAGCGACCUUGUUCAUGUAUCUCCGUCGACUUUAUCUCGAUCCGCAAAAGCCACUUCCCUCUGCUCUCCGUGGCACAGGGCCGUGGAUUGGUUCCAACUCAUCUGGAUCGCAAAACACGCAAACACAGUCGAGGACACGAGCGAUGCAAGGCACACUCGACGGCUUUUUGAAUACCAUGGUCAAGCAGUCUUACCUGGAGAAGCAACGAUCCGAUGUAGAUAGCCACCAUGUGGACGCAGCCAUCAACCAAGCACAGACACAAUCCAGGCGAAGAGGACGUGCUAGCGGUGCAGCAAAUGCCGAUGACGAGACGAUUGUUUGGGAAUGGAAGUGGGGCAGUCGAGCCGAAGUCGAAGUGGGGGAGAGCAACAUUGCCAAGAUGAUCGCCCACAUCUUCACCGACCCCUCAUCUACUCGGAACGGCACACAGGCGGUGGAAGAGCAAGAUGAGGAGACGCAGACAAUUGACCGCGACCGUCUUGCCAAGCGACGCAAGAUGUUGAUUGGCAAUAUUGAAUCAGUAGCAGGCUCGAAGCUGAUCAAUUGA